UUGUUUAGCCUCCAUAGCAGCUCUGAGCCAGCGGACCAAUAAUGAAAUGCAUUCCAUCCAUGACUAUCCCAUCUUUCAAGUUGUUUAAUAAUUAGCACAUGAUCCUCCUGUCGUUUGAUUUCUUCCUUUUCUCUUCUGAGGGCUUCGAAGUUUUUGGUUCCGAUGGUGUUGAAGCACCGCCACUUAGUACGGUCUCGGGCUUGUGUUUCAAACGAUUCAGGAUCAAUUCCAGUAGCUUUCAUUUCUGUUUUUAGUUGGUCCCCGUAUCUCCGAAAAAGGGCAACCUCAUGGUCUUUUUCCUGAAGUGAGCUCACUGAAUAAGACUUAAGAUGGGAACCUUGACUCUUCUGUUCUUACUGCGUGUCCUGACCAACGAAAAUGGUAUUACAUGAUCAACGAUUCAGUACUUUCCAGGACCUUUGGAUCUUUCCAGGACUUUGUUGUUGGUCACAUAAUGUUCCCAUUUCAUGCUCAAGAUUGAACGAAGCUUUUGUUAGUGAAAGGGUUCUAAUUUUUGGAUGUGGUUCCGGCCUAUGGUUGAUGAGAGUCGAAAUAUCAGAUAAGGAUAACUCGGUUGUGUGCAUAGAGAAAGCCAACCCCACGAGUAUUUAAGCACGUAAGACUCCAGCCACAUCCCUGCUGUAUCCUUGGGAUAUUCUUUUGUUUUGCAAAAUUACUUCUCAUCUGAGGAUUACAGUCUUUUAUAACGGAGCAAAGUUCUCAUUCUUCAACACACACGUACCCAUUUUCCAUUUUCACCAACGACCAAACAAAUGAGAGAAGUUGCUUGUUAACUUGAGAAAGUGAACGCGUAAACUCCAAGACCGCUCAUUUUUAAUCCAUUCUGGUCACUUCCAAUUUUUUUUUUUACUUUUUAUUCCUGACGCAAUAUUUUUAAACGCGCGAAAAAUAAUUAACCGAAUUACUUCCCUUUAAUUUUACGUUUUAUUUUCUACUUGGCUUUACCUCCUCUUGUUUUAUUUUCGGUUUACUUUCUACCCUGUAGAUGGCGCGUUGUUAAUAACGCUUCGCCUUAACAACGUGUAAACUUCAAGUUUUUGUAAAGAAUGUUAAUACGAACAGGUAGAUACACACACACACACACUCAUAUAUUUAUAUAUAGAUAGAUACACACACACAGACAUACAUUGACGCGAGCAGCCACGUUUAUUCAUUCAUACAUUCGUACACACACUCGCGCCCAACUUAUUCUUCUACAUACACAGGCGUAAUAAUAAUGUUGGGCAGGACACCAGUUGCGCUCCAGACGUUAUCGAAUUCGUAUGAUAAAUUAAAAAAAGAUACAGAUUCGUUUCUAAAGAAGUUUAAAAAGUUUAAGAAGUCGAAUCCGGACGUGAAGGAGUCGGAGAAUGUUUUGGCGUUGAGCGAAGAAUGUAAAAGUUUAGCGAACGAGUUGGAAGGUCUAACGAAGGAAAUUGAUUUACUUGAAAAUAAGGAUCCGAAACAACAGAAGAAUUUCGAUUCCAAGAAAAAGAGCCUUCUGAAAAAAGUGGCCACCCAACAGAAACUAGUAUCAGAUGCUUACGAUGUUAUUGUUCAACAAACAGCAUCAGAAGAAAACGAAGGAAACAAAAACGGUGAAAGUACCAAAGAUACAGAUUCAGUGGGAAAGGCGGCAGCGAAAAGCACCACAACAAAGAAGAAGCAAAAGGAGAUUUCUGAGAAGCAAAAUCGAUCGAAGAAAGAAAACAAUAAUAACAGUAGUAAGAAAGGUUCCCAGUCUGGAAGCAGCAUUUCAGGAAAUAUUCUAGGAAAUCAUGAAAAAGAAAUAAACGAAGAUAUAUCUGAAAAUGUGGACGAGCUUGAUGAAAGCGAUGAUGAUGAUGACGACGACGACGAUGAAGACGAUGACGAUGAUGAUGAUGACAAUGAAGAGGAUGAUGAUGACGAAGAGGAAGAAGAGGGUGCAACUAGUACUACUGGUGCUGCUAGUACUAGUGCCACUGCUAGCUCGAGUGGCCCAGCUAGUAGUACCAGUGUUGCAGUUACAGAGAAUGACGAUGUUAGUAAGGUAAAGUCUUUUACAAGUAGCCAUUCUUCUUCGAAAUCCAAGUCGAAAAUUUUGAAACAGAAAUCAGACUCUGAGAAAAGCCCCACUCAAGUUGUUCCCACGCCAGAUCCUCAUGAGGGACCAGCAGCAGCGACAACAACAACAACAACCACAGAAAGUCAAAGUUCGGUGACCAACCAGAAGAAGAAAGGUUUGAAAUCAAAGUUAAUAGCCGACAUGAAAUCAGUUUUGAAACAUAAUCUUUGUCCUAAAGAGAAAUUACCUCCAAAAACUAAGGAACCCUUGGAAGAGGAAGAUGAAGGAAAGAAGGAGGAAGAGGAAGAGGAGUCAGAUGAAGAAGAGGUGGAGGAGGAGUCUGAUGAAUAUGAGGCAGAAGAGGAGAAGGAGGACGUGGGUAAAGUGGAUGAGGAAGAAGGGGAUUCUACAAAUGAGGAAGAUGAUGAUGAUGAUGAGGAGGAAUCUGAGUCUGAUGAAGAAGUAGAACUUCCUACUAAGUAUUUUGUUGCAUUAUCAAACUAUGAGAAAGAAGAGACGAAUGAUUUAAGUUUUAAGAAAGGUGAAGUCUUGAAAAUCGUGCAGGCCCAUCGAAAUGGUUGGUGGCUUGCUGAAAAUAAGGAUGGUUUUCGAGGCCUGGUGCCCAGCACCUAUCUGCAGAUGAGGUCUACUACUGAUGUCGAUGAUGAUGAUGAGGAGGAGGAGGAUAGCACUGAAGAAUCGGCAAAAGAUGAAGGAGAAAGUGACAGUGAUGAUAACUUUGAGGAAGAAGAAGAAGAGAAAGAAAAAGAAAAUGAAGAAGACUCAGAUAUGGAUGAGGAUGUGAAAGUGGACAGCGGAGGAGAUAAACCGAAAAUUCGUUCUGCUAAACAACUUUGGCAAACUAUCAAAGAAUCGAUUCAAGAACAAUCCAUUGUUGAUGUUCUUCAAGCAAAAGGCACUGUGCCAUCUGGUUUCAGACCUUCUACUCUGAGUAGUUUAUGGGCUGCCAACUCGGAGUAUCGCAUGGAGAAAGCACUUCAUCCGUCCUUGAGUAAAACUGCAAUGGGCUAUACAGAUUUGUUUUACUCUCCUUCAGACAAACAUAUUUGUCCUUACAGUGUAAAUAUAUUAAAAAUUGGGAGUAUUCAGUCUUGCCGGAACAUUCCACAAACAGGUCCGGGUAUCGAUGUCCAGUGUCGAUGCGUACGAGUUUGUAUCUUUGAUGGAAAAAAUGUCUUGAGUAACAUACACACAAUCAAAGUGCAAUCAGUUGAUAAAUCUCAAAAGUCUUGGAGUUUUUCUUCUCGUGUCUCUGAUAAUAUGGAUGUCAGUUUACAUACGGAAUUCUUUGUGAGAACAAAUUACUCAGGGAAUCAGAUAAGUUUACUGUUUGAGCUGUGUCUGUCAUACACCCAACAAGACACCCAGGAACAAGGGAUAUUCAGCUGUGGUUGGACUAAGCUUUUAUUAAAUGAAGAAACCAUUACAAACCGUUCUUAUGAAUUGCCCCUUCAUGGUGGAACUCCCUAUGAUAGAGGUAUUCCUCUUGACUCCAGGUUUUCAAAUGCAGUUGAAGAGAAUUCCUUUCUUAGUCUUUUUACUGGACACCAAAAGCCAACAUUAGUGGUCAAAAUUUUUCCUCCCAAAAAAGAACAGAAAGAUGUUUUGAACAGUUUACCUCACACCAUCAUUGGUAAUGCAUGCCUGAUGCAUUUCUAUGCAUUGUACCGGAACAUUCUGGCAAAGACUCUCCUACGAGACAGAACCGAUUCAGAUAACACGGAGCUGAUAUCCAGUUCGGUUUUGGCGUCUUUCCCUUUGGUUGCGGAUCAAUUCGACAUGAUGCAAUUGCUUCGUGACACUUGGAUCGAGAAACAGAAAGAGAUGAGUCGAACGGCUCGACGCGACAGCAACAACCACAAGAAGAUGUUUAUAGAUAGUUUCCUGGAGACUGUUUACCCAUUUUCCCAUAUAUUGACCCCCGGAGGGCCUGCAACAGGCAUAGACACAAACCAAAGGCAGUAUGAUGCCAUACAGAAAUUCAAAGAAUUGAAAUCAGAACGUGGAUCUACGCUGGCCGUAUUGUUGAGCGAUGAUUUCACUUACGAACCAAUGAGACUAAAUGAAGUGACAUUUUCUGUUUUGAAAGAUAACGAAUCCGUAAGUGAGGCAUGAUUCAGAACAAAAAUAAGGCAA